GAGAGCGAUUGAGACUGUAUCGAGAGUGAAUACUAAGACGUGUGCACAAGCUACGGUGAGGUUCCCUCCUCCCUUUUAAAGCUCACCUGUUGUCCACUGCCCUGCACCUUCUCACAUUCCCAGGCACUAGCUCGCUUCUCCUCCUUCCUCGGGGACGAUGUUGGACCCUUCCUCCAGCGAGGAGGAAUCGGACGAUUUGCUGGAAGGAGAUGCCGCCAAGGACCCUCCGCUGGCCGGAGGGAGCGGCGGCAGCAGCAGCGCUAGCACCCGCUCCCUGCCCGCCGCCCGGGGCAGCGAGGGGCGAGGGUCGGGCAGCGCUCGCUCGGUCAGCCCCAGCCCGUCGGUGGUCAGCGAAAAGGAGAGGGAAGAGCAGGAGAGGAUCCAGCGGGAGGAGGAGGACACGCAGAAAAAGAAGGCGCUGCAGCUCUACGUGUUCCUCCUGCGGUGCAUCGCUUACCCUUUUAAUGCCAAGCAACCCACCGAUAUGGCCAGGAGGCAGCAGAAGCUGAACAAGCAGCAGCUCCAGACAGUUAAAGAACGGUUUCAGGCCUUCUUGAAUGGUGAAACACAGAUCAUUGCAGAUGAAGCAUUUUGGAAUGCAAUUCAAAGUUACUAUGAGAGUUUUCUCAAAAGUGACCGUGUGGCCAGGAUGGUUCACAGUGGAGGGUGCUCUGCAAACGACUUUCGAGAUGUCUUUAAAAAGAACAUUGAAAAGCGGGUCCGCAGCUUGCCAGAGAUCGAUGGCCUUAGCAAGGAGACCGUGCUCAGCUCCUGGAUGGCCAAGUUUGAUGCUAUUUACAGAGGGGAGGAAGACCUGCGCAGUAAGCCUGCCCGGAUGGCCUUGAGUGCAGUGUCAGAGCUCAUUCUUAGUAAGGAGCAACUGUAUGAGAUGUUCCAACAGAUCCUUGGGAUUAAGAAAAUUGAACAUCAAUUACUUUAUAAUGCUUGCCAGCUGGACAAUGCUGAUGAACAAGCAGCUCAGAUUCGACGGGAACUUGAUGGGAGGCUGCAGAUGGCUGAACAGUUGGCUAAAGAGCGAAAAUUUCUAAAGUUUGUCCAGAAAGAUAUGGAGAAUAUGUACAUUGAGGAGCUGAAAUCUUCUGUCAACCUGCUCAUGGCUAACCUGGAAAGCCUGCCAGUGGCAAAAGGAGGCCCAGAGUUUAAACUCCAGAAGCUCAAGCGGUCCCAGAAUUCCUCCUUUUUGGAUAUUGGAGAUGAAAAUGAAAUUCAGCUUUCAAAAUCUGAUGUUGUGCUGUCAUUCACGCUGGAGAUUGUUAUAAUGGAAGUUCAAGGGCUGAAAUCAGUGGCACCCAAUCGUAUUGUGUAUUGCACAAUGGAAGUGGAAGGUGGAGAAAAGCUUCAGACUGACCAAGCAGAAGCCUCAAGGCCACAAUGGGGAACUCAGGGAGAUUUUACAACUACACACCCUCGCCCAGUUGUCAAGAUUAAAUUCUUCACAGAGAGCACAGGAGUUCUUGCCCUGGAAGAUAAAGAGCUGGGGAAGGUAAUUCUUUAUCCAACUCCAAACAGUCCGAAGACACCAGAAUGGCACAAGAUGGUCAUUCCAAAAAAUAGCCAAGAUUCGGAAUUGAAAAUAAGACUAGCUGUGAGGAUGGAUAAGCCUCCAAACAUGAAGCACUGUGGGUACCUUUACGCACUUGGGCAGAAGGUUUGGAAGAGGUGGAAGAAGCGAUACUUUGUCCUGGUUCAGGUUAGCCAGUACACAUUUGCUAUGUGUAGUUACAGAGAAAAGAAGUCUGAGCCUCAGGAGUUAAUGCAACUGGAAGGAUACACAGUGGACUACACAGAGCCACAGCCAGGUCUGGACGGUGGGCGAGCAUUCUUCAAUGCAGUUAAAGAAGGUGACACCGUAGUGUAUGCGAGUGAUGACGAACAGGAUCGAGUGCUGUGGGUUCAAGCUAUGUACAGAGCUACAGGCCAGUCCUACAAGCCUGUCCCUCCAUCCCAGGUCCAGAAAUUGAAUGCCAAGGGAGGAAGCGCACAGCUGCCCGAUGUGCCUAUCUCUCAGUUCUAUGCAGACCGAGCUCAGAAGCAUGGAAUGGAUGAGUUCAUUGCUGCCGAUCCCUGCAAGUUUGAUCAUUCCGCCCUGUUUGAAAUGCUGCAAAGGAAAACGUUAGAGCAUAGGCUGAAUGAUUCAUAUUCCUGUCUGGGUUGGUUUAGCCCUGGCCAGGUGUUUGUUCUGGAUGAAUACUGUUCCCGUUAUGGGCUGCGAGGUUGUCAUCGUCAUCUCUGCUAUCUCAAGGAGCUGAUAGAACGUGCAGAAGGUGGCACAAUGAUAGAUCCAACGCUGCUGCAUUACAGCUUCGCUUUCUGUGCCUCUCACGUCCAUGGCAACAGACCAGAUGGAAUUGGAACUGUAACAGUUGAAGAAAAAGAAAGAUUUAAUGAGAUUAAAGAAAGACUUCUGUGCCUCCUUGAAAAUCAGAUCACCCACUUCAGGUACUGUUUCCCAUUUGGACGACCAGAAGGUGCACUAAAAGCCACUCUCUCAUUACUUGAAAGGGUUCUGAUGAAAGACAUUGCCACCCCUGUGCCACCUGAAGAUGUCAAGAAAGUGGUACGAAAAUGUCUAGAGAAGGCUGCUUUGAUCAAUUAUUCUCACCUUUCAGAGUAUGCCAAAAUAGAAGAGACCUUAAGCCAAAGACCUCCUGCCAAAAGAUUGGAAGAUGUGAUUCGACUGGCAGAACUGUGCAUUGAGGUACUUCAGCAAAAUGAGGAACACCAUUCAGAGGCCUUUGCCUGGUGGCCUGACCUAAUGGCAGAGCAUGCAGAAAUAUUUUGGUCCCUCUUUGCUGUCGACAUGGAUGCAACCCUUGAAGCGCAGCCCCCAGACUCUUGGGACACCUUUCCACUUUUUCAACUUCUCAAUAAUUAUUUGAGGAAUGAACCUCAAUUGUGCAAUGGAAAAUAUCACAAACAUUUGCAAGAAUUCUUUGUUCCUCUGGUGGUCCGUUACAUUGACCUGAUGGAGUCAGCGAUUGCUCAAUCUAUUCAUAAAAGCUUUGAACAAGAAACAUGGCAACCUGUGAAGAACCUCACCAAUAAUCUCGCUAAUGUGAGCCUACCAAAAGUCCCAAGUCUGCCUCUUAAUCUUCCACAAAUGCCUAGCUUUUCUCCACCAUCUUGGAUGGCCUCUUUAUAUGAUUCCACGAAUGGUUCUUCCACGUCUGAGGAUCUCUUUUGGAAGUUGGAUGCACUGCAGAUGUUUGUUUAUGAUCUGCACUGGCCAGAACCUGAAUUUUCCCAGCAUUUGGACCAGAGGCUCAAACUUAUGGCUAGUGAUAUGAUUGAGGCCUGUGUAAAAAGAACAAGAGUUGCAUUUGAAGUCAAGUUACAAAAAAUGAGCAAGUCAACAGAUUUGCGUGUUCCUCCUUCUGUCUGUACAAUGAUCAAUGUGCUUGUGGACGCCAAGAAACAAUCUGCAAAACUGUGCAUUUUGGAAGGUGCACAAGAGUUUAGUAAGCAAUGGCAGCAGUAUCACUCAAAGAUCGAUGAUUUGAUUGAAGAAACCUUCAAAGAAAUGAUUUCCCUCCUGGUUUCAAAGUUUGUGUUCGUACUGGAGGGUGUACUAUCCAAAUUGUCAAGAUAUGAUGAAGGAACUUUCUUCUCCUCAAUCCUGUCAUUCACUGUGAAAGCUGCUGCAAAGUACGUUGAUGUACCUCAACCUGGAAUGGACCUAGCAGACACCUACAUCACUUUUGUACGGCAGAAUCAGGACAUACUUCGGGACAAGGUCAAUGAGGAAAUGUAUAUAGAAAAUUUGUUUGAUCAAUGGUACACCAGCUCAAUGAAAGUCAUCUGCGUCUGGCUGACAGACCGUUUAGAUCUGCAACUCCAUCUCUACCAGCUGAAGACGCUCAUCAAAAUAGUCAAGAAAUCGUACAGGGACUUCAGACUGCAAGGGGUUUUAGAGGGAAUGCUGAACUGUAAAGCAUAUGAAACCAUCCACACCCGUUUGACAGUGGAAGAAGCCACAGCUUCGGUGUCCGAGGGCGGAGGCCUCCAAGGUAUCACAAUGAAAGACAGCGACGAAGAGGGCGAAGAUGUAAAAUAGAAAGGAGAUGGUUCUUUGGACUCAUUAUUUUUCAACCAGUGUUUGUACCAUUUCUUCAGAGGACGGUGAAAAACAUCAUUAAAGUGUGAUGAGGUUGUCUAACUUUAGAGCAUAGCCGUAGAGCGGGGCUGGGAGGGGAGGGUAUAAUUGUGACUGAACUCUGUGCUGAUCGGUGCCAUAAUGUCCGUCUGCCCCCGAAUCAGACCAUAGCAACACCUUGUGUAGUCCUCCCAAUUCACUUGAGAUCUGGGCAGUCCAGAAAGAGGGAGCGGGGGGAGCAAAAGGACCUCGGAUCCGACUUUCCGGGGUGGGUGGGGGAAAUGCUGAUAUCACCUUCUAACAUUAGGAAAAUGUGCCCACAGCACAGGUGCCACGAAAAGUUGGCAUAUAGCGACACAUUCCCAGCGAAUAUAUCACCACCGGUGUGGACUCGGGCACACCGAGUCCCCUGGAAGGAAAGUGUGCGGGGGCUAUUAGUCAUUUGUGCUGUUUGUGGUCUUAAUUGGUGACAUAAAGCAGCAUGAUAGAAUAAAACAGCCAUGUCAGCUUGAGGUGUCUUUUGUGCCUAAUGUUCUGGCAUCUUUGUAAAUAUAGCGAUGCCUUUAUAGAUCCAGCUUCAAUAAUACUGUGCGCUUUCGCCGAUCUGGAACAAGGGCACAUUGAUCAGGAGAAGUUCAUCCGUGUGUGUAUAAGCAGGCAAUCAUUAAGCAAUUUGGGACAUCGUCCAGCUCCACCCUCCCAACUUCAAUAAAAGGCGUUUCCCUGCAAAAUAAGAACCCUGUAUCUGUCAUUGCUGAGGCUGAGUGGCUGCGUUUGCAGAAAAGCGACAUUCCUCCUCCUCUUGGCUUCCCUGCACUGUUAUUUCCGAGUUUUCCCCGAGUCUUCAAAUCUACGCUUGUCUCUCAGAGGGGAGUGAGAUACCCAGAAUGGUGCAGUGUUUCCCCUCAAUAGUCGCUGCGAAUACCAUUCACGAAUGUCUGCAACAUUUAUCAAACCCAUGGCAAGAAAAGUCUGUUUUGAUACUGAGGCUUUAAUUCUAAUAAACUUUCAUCUGUAUUUCCAAUUUCUAUUUGUUCAGCAGUCUUGCCUGGAGCUAUGAGAAAUGUAUGAAGAUGUUUGGGAAUGGACCGUUUAAAGGAUCGGACUAACUGGGGCAUUUUUAAAAACAUUUUUCUCACAGUUACUGUUAUUUUUAAAGUAUCAUGGUGUGGGUAGAUGGUCUAAACACUUAGAGGAAUCUAACUAUUACAAUAAAGUGGAUUAAUUUGUAUUUGACAAUAGCGCUUAAUGGAUUGCAUUGUUUAUGGAUCAUCUCGUUCAUAAAAUGUGAAUAUGUUAAAUUUAUCUUUGGAUUUUUAAUCUAAGACACAAAUAUUAGUCAGCACGUGUACCGUGUGUGUGUGAGAGAGAGCGAGAGAGAGACUGUCCGCCCUCUGAUUUAAGUGAGCGAUUCAGCGCCAAAUAACUGGACUUGCGCUCUGGUCGCUUUUGCCGAUGAAAAAGCGAAUUCAGUGUGACCCCAUCAUCCAGGCAGCAGAAAGAGGAGAAAAAUGGUUGGCGCUCUCUGAGUUGGAACUGUGCUGUGAGUGGUUAUCUGCUGUAAAUAAAGUGUG